AUGCCUUUCGGGCUGAAGCUGCGACGGACCAGGCGCUACAACGUCCUGAGCAAGAACUGCUUUGUGACAAGGAUCCGUCUGCUGGACAGCAAUGUGAUCGAGUGCACCCUCUCCGUGGAGAGCACGGGGCAGGAGUGCUUGGAAGCUGUUGCUCAGAGGCUGGAGUUACGUGAGACACACUACUUCGGCCUUUGGUUUCUCAGCAAGAGCCAGCAAGUCCGCUGGGUUGAACUGGAAAAACCUCUAAAGAAGCAGCUGGACAAAUUUGCCAAUGAGCCUUUGCUUUUCUUUGGGGUGAUGUUCUAUGUGCCCAGUGUUUCCCGACUGCAGCAGGAGGUCACAAGAUACCAGUAUUACCUACAGGUGAAAAAGGAUGUUCUCGACGGUCGGUUGCUUUCUUCAUUGGAGCAGGGAAUUCGACUAGCUGGUUUGGCAGUGCAAGCGGAUUUUGGAGACUAUGAUCAGUUUGAAUCUCAUGACUUCCUCCGGGAAUAUGUCUUGUUUCCUAUGGAUUGGACCCAGGAUGAAGCUGUCUUGGAGGAACUGACUCAAAAGGUUGCUCAGGAGCACCGAACUCACAGUGGCAUUACAGCAGCAGAGGCUGAGCUUAUGUACAUCAGUGAAGUGGAACGCCUUGAUGGGUUUGGACAGGAAAUUUUCCCUGUGAAGGAUAAUCAUGGAAAUGACAUCCACCUGGGUAUUUUCUUCAUGGGAAUCUUCAUAAAAAACAGAAUUGGAAGGACAACUGUGAUCUAUAGGUGGAAUGACAUUGGGAAUAUAGCACAUAACAAGUCUUCCAUUGUUCUAGAGCUGAUCAACAAAGAAGAGAAUGUGCUCUUUCACACAGAUGAUCUUGAAAAUGCCAAAUAUAUUUCACGGCUGUUUGCAGCAAGACACAAGUUUUAUAAACAGAACAAAAUCUGCACAGAACAAUCAAGCUCUCCUCCCCCUAUCCGACGACGGCCCACUUGGAGUAGAUCAUCCUUGCCAAGACAACAUCCAUUUAUACUGCCUCCCAUGCAUGUCCAGUGUGGAGAACACUACACUGAAACACAUAAUUCACAAGAUAGCAUUUUCCAUGGAAAUGAAGAAACUUUCUACUGUAGGUCUCAGACCAGUUUGGACAGGUGUCCAAUGGACUUCAGCUACUUGAAUGGUAAUAGACCUAAUGGGAGCGUAUGCAGUGCCCACAGCAUGAACUCUCUCAAUCGCUCACAGAACUUCAUCCAGGCAUCUCCAAUGUCCUCCAAUCUGAGCAUCCCUGGAAGUGACAUCAUGAGAGCAGAUUACAUCCCCAGCCACAGACACAGUGCAAUCAUAGUACCAUCUUACCGGCCAACUCCAGACUAUGAAACCGUCAUGAGGCAAAUGAAAAGAGGGGUGAUCCAGAUGGAUAGCCAGAGUCAGUCUUUGAGGAACCUCAAUAUUGGAAACACACAUGCUUAUAACCAGCCAGAAGACCUAGUUUACAGUCAGCCUGAGAUUCGAGAGAGGCAUCCUUACACAAUUACCUAUGGACCCCAGAGCAGUGGCUAUAACAAGCCUGUCGCCCCCUCCGACCAAAUGAACCCUAAUAAUGCUGCUCAGAAUAAGACAGCAGCCAGUGCCAUAUCCCACACCGUCAGCACACCCGAGCUGGCUAACAUGCAGCUGCAGAGCAGCCAGAGCUACAACACCGCUCACAUGUUAAAGAACUAUCUCUUCAGACCCCCACCUCCAUACCCACGUCCACGUCCUGCCACGAGCACACCAGACCUGGCGAGUCACCGGCACAAGUAUGUCAGUGGGAGCAGUCCUGACCUGGUCACUCGCAAGGUCCAGCUCUCGGUUAAAACCUUCCAAGAGGACAGUUCGCCUGUUGUCCGUCAGUCGCUGCAGGAGGUCAGUGAGCCCCUCCUGGCUGUGAAGCACCACGCAGCGGUGAACAAGCGCCACAGCUUGGAGGUCAUCAGUAACAUGGUACGUGGGAUAGAAGCCAUGGCACUGAAGACUUUAAACGCUCCUCUGCCACGCAGGAACACCCUGCGGGAGCAAGUGCAGCCGGAAGAGUCGGUUCAGAUGGGGCAUGAAGUCCAGCAAGUUCCUCAUUAUCAUCACAAAAAGACGUUCUCUGAUGCCACCAUGCUGAUACACAGCAGUGAGAGCGAAGAGGAAGAAGAAGCCUCAGAAUCUGUGUCGCAGAUUACAGCCCUCCAUAAGAACAUGGAGUACAGUGCUCAGCUGCAAGCUGCCUUGGCUAGAAUACCAAAUAAACCUCCUCCAGAGUAUCCUGGGCCUCGGAAGAGUGUCAGCAAUGGGGCCCUGAGGCAGGACCCUGUUAGCAUUUCUGUGGCUGUAGCCAGGGCCAAGGCCAUGAGGCCAGGGCCUUCCAAAGCCAUGAGUGUGUCUCGAACUGAUCAAAUGGCAAUAAACGGGUCCUCGCUGGGGCCCUCUAUCUCAGAGCCUGACCUCACAAGUGUGAAGGAGCGGGUCAAGAAAGAACCUGUCAAGGAAAGACCUGUGUCUGAAAUGUUUUCUAUUGAGGACAGCAUUAUAGAAAGAGAAAUCAUGAUGAGGAAUCUAGAAAAGCAGAAGAUGGCAGGCCUGGAGGCCCAGAAGAGGCCCUUGAUGUUGGCAGCACUGAAUGGACUCUCAGUUGCUAGGGUUCCAGUGCCGGAGGACAGCCAGGAUGAAGUCACCAAGGUGCCAAUGGAUGAGAGGUGCAAAAUCCUGAAGAGGAAGUUGGAAGAGGGGAUGGUGUUUACAGAAUAUGAGCAGAUUCCAAAGAAAAAGGCAGAUGGGAUCUUCACCACUGCUGCCUUGCCUGAAAACACUGAGCGCAACCGCAUCAGGGAGGUCGUUCCUUAUGAGGAGAACAGAGUAGAGCUGGUGCCGACCAAAGAAAACAACACAGGCUACAUCAAUGCUUCACACAUAAAGGUUACUGUAGGUGGAGAGGAAUGGCACUACAUUGCUACCCAAGGGCCUCUGCCACACACAUGCCAUGACUUCUGGCAGAUGGUGUGGGAACAGGGGGUGAAUGUUAUAGCCAUGGUCACAGCUGAGGAGGAGGGAGGAAGAAGUAAGAGUCAUCGUUACUGGCCCAAACUGGGCUCUAAGCACAGCUCAGCCACUUACGGGAAGUUCAAGGUGACAACCAAGUUCCGCACAGAUUCUGGCUGCUAUGCGACUACUGGUCUGAAAGUCAAGCAUCUUCUCUCUGGGCAAGAGAGGACAGUGUGGCAUUUGCAGUACACUGACUGGCCAGACCAUGGUUGUCCAGAAGAAGUCCAGGGCUUUUUAUCUUACCUGGAGGAGAUCCAGUCGGUGCGCCGCCACACCAACAGUGUGCUGGACAGCAGCAACCCCUGCAACCCGCCCAUCGUGGUGCACUGCAGCGCUGGGGUGGGCAGGACUGGUGUGGUCAUCCUGACCGAGCUGAUGGUCGGCUGCUUGGAGCACAAUGAGAAGGUGGAUGUUCCCAUGAUGCUGAGACACCUGCGGGAGCAGAGGAUGUUCAUGAUCCAGACCAUAGCCCAGUACAAGUUUGUCUACCAAGUGCUCAUCCAGUUCCUGCAGAACUCCAGACUUAUUUAACCUUUCCAAGCAUCCCAGACCCAGCUUUGUGGAUCGGACUGAACCUUACUGAUGAACAAGAGGAACUGCCUUGACAACACUGUGUGCAUGUACUGCACUUCUUAAGGUUGUCUUGAAAGUAAGGAAUGCUUGUUCUUUACUAGCGUCUCCCAUGGAUUAUUUUAUACAAGAUAUAAUUUAUUUUUCUUGGAAUAACUUGUGAAUUACUUUAAUAACUUGUAAAACUUACAGUGACCUUCAAACUGAACCACAUUCGCCUAACUGGUCUGCAUUGUAACAUGUCCCUAGGUAAAGCAAUCCUUUGUAAAGGUAGUUUGCUGGCUUUUAUCUUGCUGCACAGCUUCUGAAAUGAACAGUUAUUUGGAGGUGGGCUUUUUCUCAUCUAAGAACAUUCUGGACCCAGAUAUGUGGUGUCUAUGGUAAGAACAAGACUUGCUACAGCUACGGUUCUGUGGGAACACAGUCCUGGAGCAUGGAGCCCUGAGCCUCUGCACACAGAGCAGGGCACAGUACAGAGGGCUCAAACACAGGACAUUGUGAGGGCAGAGUGCUUGGGUGCUAAACUGUUCAGAUUCCACAGGAAUUAAGGUUUUAGAUUAGGCCUUGAAAAAAGCAAUAUUGGAUCUUUUAAAUGAGGCCUUUGCUGCUGUCUGCAGUCCUUGAAGGGGUUCAGAAGAGCUGAAGCAGUGCACGGUGAAGGGCAGUGACCUGGAGCAGGCUGAGGUCAGUGAAUGGGUCUUUCUUGGUAACUGUGGUGGGUUGUGGGUUAAACAGCAGAGGAAUUGCAACUCAGUGCAGCUGAAAAAACCCUCAAACCAAGCACCUUCUCCUGGAUUACACUGAAAGUUUAUCGCCUCGAGGCUCGCCUCCUGUAGAGAAGGAAUCUCAUUCAAGUUAGGCAUCUCCAGCUGCUUUAGUUUCAUGUGUUAGCUACUGUCUUCAUCAAUGUCAUCAUUUUACUUUCUAGUCAUUUGAACUUUUAAAUCAUCAUUAUGGUCUUUCCUCCUUAUCUGAGAUCUCCAGACAGUGACCCUUGAGAGCUUUAGCUCAGAGUCUGCCUGGAGUCUUCCCCCAUCACUCUUGUGGUUUCUGAGCACAGGGAGCAGUCUGUCUUUUGGUGUUGGCCAACCUCACUUUGUCAGGGUAUUUACUGUAUUGAACUGCACAGACCAUCUCCCUUCUCUGUCUGGGUUAGACCCGUCCUCCUCUGUCUCUCAACACUGGCCAGCUACUUAGCCUGACUUGGUGCAUAUGCCUUUCUCCAAACUGUUCAUUUCACAGGAGUAUAGCACGUGAUGAAUGUGCAUGGCUUUUGUGUACAAUUAGAAGUGACAGUAACUGCACUUUUAAAAGAUAUUAAAAGGGAUAAAAUAGAAUUAAAACCAAACCAACCAACCAAAGCUUUAGCAAAUCAUGGUGGGUCUCCCACACGGUUAUUUCUAGUGUAAGAGAUGGAAAGUUCCUGCACUGAGGUUGUUCUCCUCCCUGCAUUGACUCCUGUUUCCUGUGGGCAGCCCAGCCCUGCUUCAACUUGGCAGUCCUGAUGGAUGGCUGGAGGAUGGAUCAGGCUGGAGAGGAGCCCUUGAGGUCUCUGCUCUCUCUCUGCCCUGCUCACACCACAGCUAAGUGGGAGGGUCUUGCCCAGUGUCAUAUCCAGCUUCAGAGGUCUGCAAUGGUGGUGAUGUUGCAGCCUCCCAGGGCACAUGAUGCAGUUACUCUUUCAUGCUUAAAUUACCUUUCUUGGUAUUCCCUUCCUGGAUUAAAUGAAAUCUUUUAGUCCUACUAUUGCUUUUCCAUUGCAUUCCUUCCUCCAAACCCCUGGUCAGUGUCUGAAGGCCUAAACUGACAACUUCAGCACUAAAGGGGCCCACACACUGGCCCCUGCCUAAAAUCAGUGGGAGUUUAAGUUAAAGCUCAAUACCAGAAUAUGUCUUCAAUGCAUUUAAACCUGUGCUGUGUUGAUUUGCUACUCUGCCACAGAGGCCUAAUGAGGUGAUGAGGAUUGGUGGAGGCUUCCAGCUAGCAGCAAAUGGUGAGGAGUUAUCUAUGAUUCAGCUGUAAUAUCUUGACCAUAUUCCUUUUAGGGCUUAGUUGAGUUUUCAGUCAACUUCAGUUUUCCUCUGAUUCCUUUUGCCAUUGCCAACAUAGAUCUUGUUAAAUUAGCAGCAACCAUUUAAAGUCUUUGCAGCAGCAUCUGCAUGAUAAUUACACAGAGAUGCUUUCUAUCUGGGAAACAGGCCAAGGAAUAAACCUUGAAGCAAAGCGUAUUAAAUUAGUUAUCUCGUUAGAACUUUCUGAAUAAUUUCCUAAUGAUGAAUUAAGUUUGAACUCAGGGCUGUCAAGUCCCAUUGCUCCACUUGGAUGUGAGAAGGGAGGGAAAAGAAACCGUUCCUAUGUCUUAUUAUUCAGCUGCUCUUGGCUGAAACAUCUACUUCUGUUUCUACAGUGAGCACAGGAGAAUUAUUGCAUAGGAGAAUGCAGAGCUGGGAUUGAAAGGAAGAAGAUUAAGCAAAUGGUUUUUAUGCAAAGAUGCAUCAUAGGUGUCUUAGGAAAAAUAUUAAUUACAAAAUGGCACCAAAAAUCCUUUCCAUAUUAAAUCAGUGCCUAUUAAUGAGCCAAGUGAGUGGCCAUGGCAUAAACAGUCAUUUCCAUUUGCCUCCUGCCAUGCCUGCUAUGGUAGAUAGAGGCCAAUGUGACUCACUUUUUCCUUUUCAUUGUCAAAGAAUGGUAAUUUUAAGCUUUUCCUUUCAUCUGACCUCAGUGUAUUUUUUCCAGAUAGAUUUUAUCUUGACUAGAUCUGCUAAUACCAGAAAUGAAUUGGGCUGGUGCAUGUCUUCAGAGGUUCCUUUCCACCCCAGCUUGCAACCAAACCUCAGCGUGCUGAUGCUUUAUGAUUGAAAUGUGAUACACUUUUGGAGGGGAAAACCUGAACCUGCUGACUUUGAACCUGUUGUAGUUUUAUCACACCAAAAUUGCUUGGGCAGUACUUGCUAACCUUUAGGGAGUGACAGGAAAAUGCACUUUGCAUCCAAUUUUAUUAGUCAUAGCAGGAAUGAAUGCAAGAGACUUAAAGCAACAGUAUGGUUUAGUUUCUGUCCCACAGACUUAAACAGUGGAGGCCAUAAGUAGAAAAGGACAGUCUGGAGUUGCUGCAUAUUGUGUUGUAUGGGUUUAACAUCAAAGCAUGAUGGGUUCCCAAGAGACCAGUGACCAGCUUCAUCCCUUUGGAGGAAAGUCUGGACUGAAAAUCCCACAAAGAUGCAUCCACAGUCAAUGAAUGGCGCCUCUCCUUAAGAAGUUUGACACAAGUGGCCUUCUCCCAAGGCUCCCAGGUUCAUGUUCAGCCUG